AUGCUGGCACAGCUGGUAGUCACACAGACUCAAAAGUCGGAGGAUACUGGGUCUGCAUCCAUUACUUCUGAAGUUACUAGAGUGGGCCAGUUCAUAAGAAUAAACCCACCCAAGUUCUCUGGUGCUAAGCUAGAAGAUGACCCGCAGGAGUUCGUAGAUGAAAUAGAAAAGAUUUUCAAAGUAAUGCAUAUUGAUCAGGUGGAGGGUGUUGAGCUAGCAGUAUACCAGCUAAAGGAUAUAGCAAAUGAAUGGGAUAUGGACUUUGCUAGACUGUCAGUCCACAUACAGCAAGUUGAGGAGAAAGAGAAGAAGAUAGCCGGAUCUAGGGAAAAGGACAUUGGGAGAUGCGGGAGGAAUCAUCCAGCGAGAUGUCAGUUUGACGCUUUGGUGUGUUAUUCAUGUGGCCAACCAGGCCAUAUCCAGAGAGACUGUCCAAAAGCAAAGAGUAAUGUUGGAGGAGCCAAGUCGCAGACAAAUUCAUCUGCAACACCACCUCAGAAGGGUGCUACUUCAGCCGCCAAAAAUGGUCAGAACAGGUUGUAUGCUUUGACCAGCCACCAGAAGGUAUAG